CAGAGCCUCCCUUACAAAGAUGGCGGCAAGUGCAUUUCCGGUGGGUGUGCCGUACGGAUGUGUCCGGGCGGCGGCAGCAGGUCCAGCGCGGCGAGUUCCGCUCUCUGCUGCACAGACCGCCGCGGUGAUGGCGGGCAGAAGGUCUAGCUGGAGCCGGGCGGCUCUUCUCCAGCUUCUUCUUGGAGUGAACCUGAUGGUGAUGCCACCCACCCAGGCCCGUAGCCUGCGCUUCGUUACCUUGCUGUAUCGACAUGGAGACCGAUCCCCAGUGAAGACAUAUCCCAAGGACCCCCAUCAGGAAGAGGAAUGGCCCCAGGGUUUCGGUCAGCUAACCAAGGAAGGGAUGCAGCAGCACUGGGAGCUGGGCCAGGCUCUGCGGCAGCGCUACCAUGGCUUCCUAAACGCCUCUUACCGCCGGCAAGAGGUUUACGUGCGCAGUACGGACUUUGACCGCACGCUCAUGAGUGCAGAGGCCAACCUGGCUGGACUCUUCCCUCCUGAUGGGAUGCAGUGUUUCAACCCGAACAUCUCCUGGCAGCCCAUCCCUGUGCACACUGUGCCCCUCACUGAGGACAGGCUGCUGAAGUUCCCGCUGGGCCCGUGUCCCCGUUAUGAGCAGCUGCAGAAUGAGACCCGGCAGACAGCAGAGUAUCAGAAUGAGAGUGCCCAGAACGCACAAUUUCUAGCCAUGGUGGCCAAUGAGACGGGGCUCGCAGACCUGACCCUGGAGACCGUGUGGAAUGUGUAUGACACUCUCUUCUGUGAGCAAACCCAUGGGCUACUGCUGCCUCCCUGGGCCUCGGCCCAAACUAUGCAGCGCCUGAGCCGCCUGAAGGAUUUCAGCUUCCGCUUUCUCUUCGGCAUCCACGAGCAGGCAGCGAAGGCCCGGCUUCAGGGGGGAGUCCUGCUGGCUCAGAUACGGAAGAACCUGACCCUCAUGGCAACUACCUCCCAGCUCCCUAAGCUGCUGGUCUACUCUGCGCACGACACGACCCUGGUUGCUCUGCAAAUGGCCCUGGAUGUCUACAAUGGUGCACAGGCCCCCUAUGCUUCCUGCCACAUAUUUGAACUAUACCAGGAAGAUACUGGGAAUUUCUCAGUGGAGAUGUACUUCCGGAAUGAAAGUAAGAAGGCCCCCUGGCCCCUACUCCUGCCUGGCUGCCCUCACCAGUGCCCACUGCAGGACUUCCUUCGCCUCACAGAGCCUGUUGUGCCCAAGGACUGGCAGCAGGAAUGCCAGCUGGCAAACAGUACUGCAGACACAGAGGUGAUUGUGGCCUUGGCCGUCUGCGGCUCCAUCCUCUUCCUCCUCAUCGUGCUACUCCUCACUGUCCUCUUCCGGACGCAGGCCCAGCCUCCUGGCUACCGCCAUGUGGCAGACGGGGAGGACCACGCUUGACAACCACUCGGCCCCCUUCCCGCCGCCUCCUAGGGAAGUGGGCUGGGCCUGCUCUUGACUGCUGCUGCUCCCAGCCAUGGACAGGAGGCUGGGUUGGGCCUCCCGAUCCCCCAGCCCAGACAGGCAAUGGGGCUUGGUGUGCCCUGCGGCACCUGUCACUUAGUUGACUUCUACCAAGAACUGUGUUGGAUGUUGGCUUCUUCCUGACGGAUUUGCCUCUCCCACUCUCCCUGAGGACCUGAGGUGUGGACAAGCUCUCAUUUCACUCAGGAUUUGGGAUAAAAAACCCAAAGGAGUCAGAGCCUGCUCUGCCUUGCUUUUCCACCAAGCCCUGCUCUCCCUUCUGGUUUGGAGUUUUGGCACAUAACUCAAGAGGACACUGCCUUGCUGCUCAAUGCACAUUUUAGAGGGAAAAACUGCGCAACACGGGUAUAAACAUUGGCUACCAAGGAACUGAUCGCCCAACAACCAGCCAGCCAGUUGUCUUGUAUCUGGCAGAAGCCACCAUUAGUGAGACACUGUGCUUCGAGCACCUUAGUCACCCCUGGGCUUGAGCAGGUUGGAAGGGUUUGUACUUUAACAGGGAGGGAGUUGGGGGAGCAAAUCAAACUGAAUCAGGAAACUGCUCUCUGCAUCCUGGGCUGGGGAGCUGGACCACUCCUGACCAUGGCCCAGAACAGGGCUGUGGCAGUUUCCGGAGAAUGAAGGUUUGGACCAUGAAUGCUGCUCUGUACCUGUUCUUCAGCUCUGAGACCCACAGAGCCUUCUGCCCUGGGCAGUGCUAGAUCACUCAGAAGCUUGGUUGGGUAUGGUUUUAUUGGCCACGUCAGUAGUGCAACAAACCAAAACACGCAUCACUCUGCCACCCACGUCAGAAGGGACCAAACCAUGUCGGCUCCGGGCUGGACACAGCCUUGGGUCACUCAGCUUUCGGAGCUAAGUGCACAGCAGUAAAAAGCCAGUGCCCUGGUCCCACAGUGCCCCUGCUCCAUUCUAACACUGGGCACUUUCACCCCUUUAAUAAACAGCUGCCUCUUCUCAUA